GAAUUUGGAUCAAGAGGAUUUGUUGAAUCUUCCAGGAUAGCAUCACCUUCUGGAAUGAUAGAAGAUAUUUUAGGUGAUCAUAUGAAUAUAGACGUAGAUAUUGUAAAUGAUGAUCUUGUCAGCCAAGAAUUUAAUCUUCUUAUUACGGGCCCAAAAUCAUCCGAUGAUCCUGCCAGUGACCAAGAAUUUAAUUUUUUUAUUACGAGCUCAAAAUCAUCUAAAGGAAAGCAAAAACAACUAGUCAAUUUUGAUGCGCCAGAAUCUGAUUAUGAAGAUAAAAGUGUAGAAAUACUAUUUACGAACAUCGAUCAGGGAUUUGCGUGGAUCUUUAUGAGAUAUCUAUUGCUCUUGGUUGAUAGAAAUAUCUAUUCAGAAUUUUCAAAAUCUUUACAUAUGGCACAGAAAUUAUUUAGUAUCAGCGAUCACAUGAUCAAACUUCCCGAAUCAUCCGAUGACCAAGUUGAGAUUCCUAUGUAA